ACUCACCGAGGAAGAGGAGCCUCGUAUGCUAGCAUGUAGCAUUUAAUGGGUAACUGUCAGUCUGGCUAUUUUAAUGAUUAAAACUCAUGGCUGCUCAGUGUCCAUCUGAGUCAUUUAUCACAGGAGAGACAAAUCCUGCGGUUAAUAACAACGUUAAACAUUUAUCAAUAACACCGAGUGCUCAAGCUAAAGGGAAGAAACGAGCCGUUAGCCCGGCGGCUCAAAUGCUAACACAGCCGAACAGCAACAACAACAACAAACGGAGGAAAGUUCACUCAGUAUCAGGAGUCAGUCACACGCAGAUUCUCCCAGUGGAACUGGCAGAUGGAAAGUUGGUUCCUACAGUGGAUGUAAUUGCAGAACCAGUUACAAAGCCUCUGUCUUUUAAAGACCCCAACUUUGUGCACUCUGGUAUUGGAGGGGUGGCUGCAGGGAAAAAGAAUCGGACAUGGAAGAACCUGAAGCAGAUUCUGGCAGCAGAGAGAGCACUGCCUUGGAAAAUCUGUGAUCCUAACUAUUAUAAUAUAGAUGCUCCUCCUUCCAUGAAGCCUCCUAAAAAGUAUUCUGAUAUUUCAGGCUUACCGGCAAACUACACAGACCCUCAGACUAAGCUGCGAUUUACCUCCACCGAAGAGUUUUCAUACAUCCGUCUACUACCUACAGAUGUCGUGACAGGAUACCUGACUCUGCGAAAGGCCACCUGCAUCGUGCCCUGAUCAUCACACAUGCAACAAUAACCCGUUCUCAAUUUUCUGAAUAUAUGAAGACAAAACUAAACUUAAGGAAAUGACCCCAAGCUCAUGUGACUUCCUGAGUGACUUCUUUUGAUUCUUGUUAAUUGUAACCUUGUAUAUAUGUACAUGACUGAUACUUAAGGUCUUAUUAACUGUAUUUUUAAGACUCAUGCAAAUGUUUGCUUAUUAAAUGUUAAUUGAUUAAAUCAGAA